GCUGGGUGGAGGAAAGAGGUGCCUGGAAUUGAUCCACAUUUCCCGACCUUUUUGUUGGACAUUACGCCCACCUUGGACCCUGCAAGAGGAGCUGUCAAGCCUAGCGGGCUCUGAUUUGGCCCCCUCCAUUUUCCUUUGCUGCUCCUGGCUUCCCUGUGCCUCGGUGGAGUAUUUGCUUUCUGGGCUGGGGCUGGAGGAGGCAGCCACACGCGCGCACACGCACACGUUCAGAGGAGGGCGAGAGGCGGCACAGGCACCAUCUGCAGUGUCAAUGCGGCGCUCCCGCUGAAGGAGGGAAACGCGGCGUUUCCAGGGGAGACUGCCCUGCUGCAUCCUGGCCCUCCGAGGGCACAGGUGUGUCCGAGUGCUGCUGUGCUGCGAGGAUCCACUUGUGAAAUGAAAGCCAUGCCUUGGAACUGGACUUGCCUACUCUCCCACCUGCUCAUGGUGGGGAUGGGCUCUUCCACUCUGCUCCCCCGGCAGCCACCCUCACUGUCUCAGAAGCGGUCUUUUGUCACAUUUCAAGGGGAGCCCACUGAGGGCUUUAAUCACUUGGUGGUGGAUGAGAGGACAGGGCACAUUUAUUUGGGGGCCGUCAACCGGAUCUAUAAGCUCUCCAGUGACUUGAAGGUCUUGGUGACCCACCAGACAGGGCCAGAUGACGACAACCCCAAGUGCUACCCACCCCGCAUUGUCCAGACCUGCAAUGAGCCCCUGACCAGCACCAACAAUGUCAACAAGAUGCUCCUCAUAGACUACAAGGAGAACAGGCUGAUUGCAUGUGGGAGCCUGUACCAGGGCAUCUGCAAGCUCCUGAGGCUAGAGGACCUCUUCAAACUGGGGGAGCCCUUUCACAAGAAGGAGCACUACCUGUCAGGGGUUAAUGAGAGUGGCUCAGUUUUCGGGGUGAUCGUCUCCUACAGCAACCUGGAUGACAAACUCUUCAUUGCCACAGCAGUGGAUGGAAAGCCUGAGUAUUUUCCUACCAUCUCUAGCAGGAAGUUGACCAAAAACUCCGAGGCAGAUGGAAUGUUUGCUUAUGUCUUCCAUGAUGAGUUUGUGGCCUCAAUGAUUAAGAUCCCUUCGGACACCUUCACGGUCAUCCCCGAUUUUGAUAUCUACUAUGUCUAUGGUUUCAGCAGUGGCAACUUUGUCUACUUUUUGACGCUGCAGCCUGAGAUGGUGUCUCCCCCAGGCUCCACUACAAAGGAACAGGUGUACACAUCCAAACUUGUGCGACUUUGCAAGGAGGACACCGCUUUCAACUCCUAUGUGGAGGUACCCAUUGGCUGUGAGCGCAGUGGGGUGGAGUACCGCUUGCUGCAGGCUGCCUACCUGUCCAAAGCUGGUGCUGUGCUUGGCAGGACCCUGGGAGUUCAUCCAGAUGAUGACCUCCUCUACACUGUCUUCUCAAAGGGCCAGAAGCGGAAAAUGAAGUCUCUGGAUGAGUCGGCACUGUGUAUCUUCAUCUUAAAGCAGAUCAAUGACCGCAUUAAGGAGCGGUUACAAUCUUGCUACCGGGGUGAAGGCACACUGGACCUGGCCUGGCUCAAGGUGAAAGACAUCCCCUGCAGCAGUGCGCUCUUAACCAUUGACGAUAAUUUCUGUGGCCUGGAUAUGAAUGCCCCGCUGGGAGUGUCUGAGAUGGUGCGAGGCAUUCCCGUCUUCACAGAGGACAGGGACCGCAUGACUUCCGUCAUCGCAUAUGUCUACAAGAAUCACUCUCUGGCCUUCGUGGGCACCAAGAGCGGCAAGUUGAAGAAGAUACGAGUGGACGGACCCAGGGGCAAUGCCCUCCAAUACGAGACUGUGCAGGUAGUAGAUCCUGGUCCAGUCCUUCGGGAUAUGGCCUUCUCCAAGGAUCACGAGCAGCUCUACAUCAUGUCAGAAAGGCAGCUCACCAGAGUCCCCGUGGAGUCCUGCAUUCAGUAUCGGAGCUGUAGUGAAUGCCUUGGCUCUGGCGAUCCCCACUGUGGCUGGUGUGUGCUGCACAACACGUGUACUCGGAAGGAACGGUGUGAGCGAUCCAGGGAGCCCCGCAGGUUUGCAUCAGAGAUGAAGCAGUGUGUCCGGCUGACAGUUCAUCCCAACAACAUCUCCGUCUCUCAGUACAACGUGCUGCUGGUCCUGGAGACAUACAAUGUCCCAGAGCUGUCAGCGGGUGUCAACUGCACCUUUGAGGACCUGUCAGAGAUGGAUGGGCUCGUGGUAGGCAAUCAGAUCCAUUGCUACUCACCCGCAGCCAAGGAGGUGCCCCGGAUCAUCACAGAAAAUGGGGACCACCAUGUUGUACAGCUGCAACUUAAGUCCAAAGAGACGGGUAUGACCUUUGCCAGCACCAGCUUCGUCUUCUACAACUGCAGUGUCCAUAAUUCGUGCCUGUCCUGUGUGGAGAGCCCAUACCGCUGCCACUGGUGUAAAUACCGGCAUGUAUGCACCCACGACCCCAAGACGUGUUCCUUCCAGGAGGGCCGUGUGAAGCUGCCUGAGGACUGCCCCCAGCUGCUGCGAGUGGACAAGAUCCUGGUGCCUGUGGAGGUGAUCAAGCCCAUCACACUGAAGGCCAAGAACCUCCCACAGCCACAGUCAGGCCAGCGUGGCUACGAGUGCAUCCUGAACAUCCAGGGCAGUGAGCAGCGGGUCCCUGCCCUGCGCUUCAACAGUUCCAGCGUGCAGUGCCAGAACACCUCCUACUCUUAUGAAGGGAUGGAGAUCAACAACCUACCUGUGGAGCUGACUGUUGUGUGGAAUGGGCACUUUAACAUCGACAACCCUGCUCAGAAUAAAGUUUACCUCUACAAGUGUGGGGCCAUGCGUGAGAGCUGUGGGCUGUGUCUCAAAGCUGACCCAGACUUCGAGUGUGGCUGGUGCCAGAACCCAGGCCAGUGCACCCUGCGCCAGCACUGUCCUGCCCAUGAGAGUCGGUGGCUGGAGCUGUCAGGUGCCAACAGCAAGUGUACAAAUCCCCGCAUCACGGAGAUAAUUCCAGUGACCGGCCCCCGGGAAGGGGGCACCAAGGUCACCAUCCGGGGAGAGAACCUGGGCCUGGAAUUCCGGGACAUUGCCUCCCAUGUCAAGGUGGCUGGUGUGGAGUGCAGCCCUUUGGUAGAUGGCUACAUCCCUGCAGAACAGAUCGUGUGUGAGAUGGGGGAGGCCAAGCCCAGCCAGCAUGCAGGCUUUGUGGAGAUUUGUGUAGCUGUGUGUCGGCCCGAGUUCAUGGCCCGCUCCUCACAGCUCUACUACUUCAUGACCCUGUCGCUGUCAGACCUGAAGCCCAGCCGGGGGCCCAUGUCUGGGGGUACCCAAGUGACCAUCACAGGCACCAACCUGAACGCGGGCAGCAACGUGGUGGUGAUGUUCGGAAAGCAGCCCUGCCACUUCCACAGGCGAUCUCCGUCCUUCAUCGUCUGCAACACCACAUCCUCUGAUGAGGUUCUGGAGAUGAAGGUGACGGUGCAGGUGGACAGGGCCAGGAUCCGCCAGGACCUGGUCUUCCAGUAUGUGGAAGACCCCACCAUUGUGCGUAUCGAGCCAGAGUGGAGUAUUGUCAGUGGAAACACACCCAUCGCUGUCUGGGGCACUCACCUGGACCUCAUUCAGAACCCCCAGAUCCGUGCCAAGCAUGGAGGGAAGGAGCACAUCAAUAUCUGUGAGGUUCUGAAUGCUACUGAGAUGACCUGCCAGGCUCCAGCUCUGGCCCUGGAUCCUGACCACCAGUCAGACCUCACUGAGAGGCCUGAGGAGUUUGGCUUCAUCCUGGACAAUGUCCAAUCCCUGCUCAUCCUCAACAAAACCAAUUUCACCUACUAUCCCAACCCUGUAUUUGAAGCCUUUGGACCUUCAGGAAUCCUGGAACUGAAGCCCGGUACCCCCAUCAUCCUGAAGGGCAAAAACCUGAUCCCACCCGUGGCUGGAGGCAACGUGAAGCUCAACUACACAGUGCUGGUUGGGGAGAAGCCAUGCACUGUGACGGUGUCAGAUGUGCAGCUGCUCUGCGAGUCCCCCAACCUCAUCGGCAGGCACAAAGUGAUGGCCCGUGUCGGUGGCAUGGAGUAUUCCCCGGGGAUGGUGUACAUCGCCCCGGACAGCCCUCUCAGCCUGCCUGCCAUCGUCAGCAUCGCUGUGGCUGGCGGCCUCCUCAUCAUCUUCAUCGUGGCUGUGCUCAUCGCCUACAAACGCAAGUCCCGAGAGAGCGACCUCACGCUGAAGCGACUGCAGAUGCAAAUGGACAACCUGGAGUCCCGCGUGGCGCUGGAGUGCAAGGAAGCUUUUGCAGAGCUGCAGACAGACAUCCAUGAGCUCACCAGUGACCUGGAUGGAGCCGGGAUUCCCUUCCUGGACUACAGGACCUACACCAUGCGGGUGCUGUUCCCGGGAAUUGAAGACCACCCUGUGCUCCGGGACCUCGAGGUUCCAGGGUACCGGCAGGAGCGAGUGGAGAAAGGCCUGAAACUCUUCGCUCAGCUCAUCAAUAACAAGGUGUUCCUGCUGUCCUUCAUCCGCACGCUUGAGUCCCAGCGCAGCUUCUCCAUGCGCGACCGGGGCAAUGUGGCCUCGCUCAUCAUGACGGUGCUGCAGAGCAAGCUGGAGUAUGCGACCGAUGUGCUGAAGCAGCUGCUGGCCGACCUCAUUGACAAGAACCUGGAGAGCAAGAACCACCCCAAGCUGCUGCUUAGGAGGACGGAGUCAGUGGCGGAGAAGAUGUUGACCAACUGGUUCACUUUCCUCCUCUACAAGUUCCUCAAGGAGUGUGCUGGGGAGCCCCUCUUCUCCCUGUUCUGUGCCAUCAAGCAGCAGAUGGAGAAGGGGCCCAUUGACGCCAUCACGGGCGAGGCCCGCUACUCCCUGAGUGAGGACAAGCUCAUCCGGCAGCAGAUCGAGUACAAGACCCUGGUCCUGAGCUGUGUCAGCCCAGACAAUGCCAACAGCUCCGAGGUCCCUGUGAAGAUUCUCAACUGUGACACCAUCACUCAGGUCAAGGAGAAGAUUCUGGACGCCAUCUUCAAGAAUGUGCCCUGCUCCCACCGGCCCAAGGCUGCAGACAUGGACCUUGAGUGGCGACAAGGAAGUGGGGCAAGGAUGAUCCUGCAAGAUGAAGACAUCACCACCAAAAUUGAGAAUGACUGGAAGAGACUAAACACCCUGGCCCAUUACCAGGUGCCAGAUGGCUCUGUGGUGGCCUUAGUGUCUAAGCAGGUGACAGCCUAUAAUGCAGUGAACAACUCCACAGUCUCCAGGACCUCAGCAAGUAAAUAUGAAAACAUGAUACGGUACACGGGCAGCCCAGAUAGUCUCCGCUCGCGAACUCCCAUGAUCACCCCUGACCUGGAGAGCGGAGUCAAGAUGUGGCACCUGGUGAAGAAUCAUGAGCAUGGGGACCAGAAAGAGGGUGACCGGGGGAGCAAGAUGGUGUCUGAGAUCUAUCUGACUCGGCUACUGGCCACUAAGGGCACACUGCAGAAGUUUGUGGAUGACCUCUUCGAGACCAUCUUCAGCACGGCCCACCGCGGCUCUGCCCUGCCACUGGCCAUCAAAUACAUGUUUGACUUCCUAGAUGAGCAGGCUGACAAGCACGGCAUUCAUGACCCCCAUGUCCGCCACACUUGGAAGAGCAACUGCCUGCCCCUGCGGUUUUGGGUCAACAUGAUCAAGAACCCACAGUUUGUGUUUGACAUCCACAAGAACAGCAUCACAGACGCCUGCCUCUCUGUAGUGGCUCAGACCUUCAUGGACUCCUGCUCUACAUCAGAGCACCGGUUGGGCAAGGAUUCACCCUCCAACAAACUGCUCUAUGCCAAGGACAUCCCCAGCUACAAGAGCUGGGUGGAGAGGUAUUACUCUGACAUCGGGAAGAUGCCAGCCAUCAGUGACCAGGACAUGAAUGCAUACCUGGCCGAGCAGUCCCGAAUGCACAUGAAUGAGUUCAACACUAUGAGUGCGCUUUCGGAGAUCUUCUCCUAUGUGGGCAAAUACAGCGAGGAGAUCCUUGGACCCCUGGACCAUGACGACCAGUGUGGGAAGCAGAAACUGGCCUACAAACUAGAACAAGUCAUAACCCUCAUGAGCUUAGACAGCUGAGAACCAUCCUUCCAGGGCCACCCUGGAGGGAGGGACACACCAAGCCGUGCCUCAGUCUAGAUUAUCAUCUUUACCAAGUGCAAGUUCCGACUGGCAUCAGCAGCAUCCCCUGAGCAGUGCUGUCUCUCUCUCCCAUCCCCCUUCUCUGCCUCUUUCUGUCGCUCCCUCCUUCCUGGUACUCUUCUCUUUCAGUUUCUCUUCCAACAUGAUUGGACCAAGCCACCAACUCUCAGUCACUCUUUGGUGGCUGAAGCUAGGGAUCUGACCAGAAAAUGUCAGAGCGGGGCCCUCUUUCAACUGCUUCUGACCCCACACACCAGCAGCAGAGCCCAAAUAUGGAUGAGGAGCUGUGGACAGAGGACAUUUCUAUGCUGCUGCUUCACCUUCUUCUUGGAGAGUGGUCCAAAACUUGGCUUAGGGAAGAGACAGUGAGCUCAGUAUUAUCUUCACUGGGAAGAUGUCACCUGGCCCUCCUCCCCACACUUCUAUCUCUGAGGAGCCAGUCAGUGGUCUGGGUGCUUGGCAACAGUGAGAAGAAAGAUCCCACCUUCCAUGUGUGGCUAGAGUGGGGACCAUGUGAGGAGUUGGGAGGUGCUACUUGGGGCUGUGUCCUACCUGUUUGGUUGGUGUUCGGAGCCUCCUGUCCUCAUGGUGUCUCCCUGGAGCUCUUCCAGGGGUCCAUAUAGACCUCCCUGCCCAGCAUCUUCCCCUGCCUGUGGAAAACCAGACAGGAGAAAAAAAUUGCAGUUACAUUCCAUCAUGGAGAUACUCCUAACCUUCUAAUCUAGCUCAUAGCAGCAGAAAUGUAACAUGGAGAGAAAAAGAAAGAGGGCUGCAUCUGCCCUAAAAGAAGCAUUUGCUGUUCUCCAUUUGCCCCCAAAUUGAAUUGCAUCCUGACCAGUAGUCAUAGGUCUAGUCCAUUUCCAGAACCUCACAGUGCUGUCUAGAGAAGGCACCUCCACCUCCUUGUCACCCUUCAUCAAACAUCCGUGUGAAAUGCAGAGUGCAUCCAGGAGACUCUACCUCCAGCCAUCUCCAAGGCUCCAUGCCCACCAUCCUUGAGAACUUCAUAGAAGGCUGGGGCAGACAGCCUAGUCUCUGACCCCCACCUCUGUAGAAUCUGGUGCCAUUGCUAUGCAUACGACUUUGUCACUGGGUUGUCUAGACCUCCUUGGAACUAUUUCAUCAACAUCUCAGCUGUGUUUUUAGUCAUUCUCCUUCUUCAUCUGUUCAGCAUCAUUGGAAGAAACAUACACAAGCACAGAUACACCAGGCCGGCCAGCCUUGGCCCCCAGCUUGCCAUGCCUAGGAAGGACUGGAGAGCCAAGCUGAGGGACUGGCUGGAAAUGAAAGGAGGGUCAUACAACUAAUGGUGGCCCUGGCAUCCAUCUCUCCAUCUGUCUUUCUGUAUGCUGUCUUAGCCAGUCAGGCAAAUGAGUGCUCAGACAUGGGACCUGGGUGAGCAGGGGCUAUGGUGAGACGUGGUCUAGUGGUACGUCUGAGGAACCUGUAGUUUGGAAGGGACCUUCUAUGCUGUGUGGGUCAGUAUUCACUAUAAGCAGGAAUCUCUUCUGCCAGCUCUGGUCUGGAGUCAUCCUCCACUUUGGGAAGCAAGGAGAAGGCAGAGUCGAAGUCAGAGUUUUGCCUUCACUCCCUGAGCAUCAGAGAUCGUUCCUUGUCAUCUACUCAAAAUGAACCCCAUGUGGGGAAGGAGCCGCACAUUUCCAACAGAGUCCGUGAAGCAUCCUGCACUUUCAAGAACACUAGCCCCUUUGGAUAUGAAUGUGUGUGUGUGUGUGUGUGUGUGUGUAUGCAUGCGCACAUGCAUGUGAAUGCAUGUGCAACCAUGUGUGUGUAUGUGUGUCUGCCCCAGGAGUAGGCAGAGAGCUCCAAAAGAUUCCUUGUCCCAUACUGAAGGAUGUUGAAGUGUUUCCCUUCUCUGUCCCCUGAUUCAUCCAUUCAUCCUACAGUUUCAGGACAUUUCAACACUUGCUUUCUAGGCUGAGUGCUGGAGAAGAGGUCAUCUGUCCAUAAAAAAUCUGGGACUUUGGUGACCUAGAGCAGAGGAUCACAUGGCAUUGCAGAGGACAACUGGAAAAGAUACAAGCAACCUAACAAGUAGGAAAAGGAGAAUGAGAAAAGAUGCAUUUAAAAGGAGAGAACAAAUAUAACCAAAGGUUUUGGCAAAUGUGCCAGAUGGAGAAGUAUGGAAUUUCUAUCAUUGAUCAUAUUAUUUUCUCCCAAAAAAUCACAGGACUUGGAGGCCAGAAAGACUGCAUGUGGGAAGCAGGCUGAGGAAGCACCUUGGCCACUAAAAUAUUUUUGCACACAUGAAAGGGUGGGGAAGAGAGAGAGACACAAACCUAUUUAACACAGAUUUGCUGGAUGGAAGCUCUGAGUGAGUGUGUAUGAGUGAAUGCAUUUGAUUUAUUUUUUAAGUUUUGCACAGUUAGAGGAAAAAAGGAGGAAAACAAAAGACUGUUAUCACAGUUUUGCUGAAGCUUUUAUUUUUUACCAGAUGAUUAUUAUUGUUAUUAUUAUGUUGUCGGUACAGGACCUCCCCAUACACACUGUGUUUUUGUUAUGAACAACACUUCAAACAUCACAGAGAAACCCAAAUGUCAGGAAGAAAAAGAGGAGGGAUGGACAGACGAGUUUCCUGUCUCUCCUCAUUUCUGCUGGGUGAGGCUUUGGGGAACAUUUUAAUUUAACUGGUGGUGUAGGUUGUUUCUGGCACUACGGCCCACAUGGGGACUGAGAAACUGCUGUCACCCAAAACCACAACUCAUCUUGCCCCUAAACAUCCUAUUUUACUUUCACUAUUUUUUCCCAUUUCUUCCAUUUGACUUGAUGCAAGUGUGAUAUGUUUAAAAGCAAAGUCAGUCAAUGUAGGCCAAAAGCUGUCCUUUCCCCCUCCAAUUUCUCUCUCAAAUUCCCUUGUUAUUCUCCAGCUCCUCUGGACAGAUUGGGGACCCAGAGAGCUCCUAGGGUGGCCUGUGGGGUCCCAGAGGAAAGGAGUUAACUUGGUCCUGUGAACAGAGCAACUCUUGCACCUCCCUCUGCAUCAGGGUCAACUUGCCCCAGUUCUGUUGUAGGUGGAAACUUUCUCUCUCCUGUGCCUGGACAGCAGGCAAGAGAGAAAAGGCAAUCUCCCUCACCACUCCCUUUACCUCACCCCUACAUCCUCCUCCCCUUGAGAUCACAGGGUCUAAAUGGUACCGGAUCACACUGUCAAAAACAACUGAGCUAAGAGGCAAGGAUUUUGAAUGUAGAGGUCAGAUGGGUUGAUGUCUGGUAGUGGUGCGAAGUCGGGGAGCUUGAUGGGGUCCUGAAUUUAAAUGGAUGGAUAGAGACAGUGGAGAAAGAUAGCUGUAGCCUGGCCAUCUCUAAGACACAUGUCCCCUUUACCCUUUUCAGUAAGCCAAGACCCUGCCUUUGUUUCUUAGUAACCGUAAACAGUGGCAUUAACUGAAGUUGGCUGUUGUGUCAGUUACUUCCUCAGAAAAAACCUUCCUUGCUUUCUUUCAGUAUGGCUUUAAAUUUGGGGACAGAGGAUACCUUAAGUACCCCACACACCAAAGUACGUUACAAUUUGUAUAAUAUGCAUAGCCAGAAGAGGCAGCCUUCUGGCUCAGGACACUUGAGGGGCUUGGGGUGUUUGAAUGGCCAUGUCCAGAGAGAGAAGUCCCUUAAAUGAAUCCUGAGGUUUGAGGUUGAAUGUCCAGGACUGUUCCCAGGGAGAAGCUGGAGGUGCUUGUGGAUAAGACCUCUCUGUCCUGGUCCCUUUGGCUCACUUCCCACUCCCAGCCCAGGAUCAGUGUUGAUGUAUUGUCCCAGUACCUCUCCAGCUCUGGCAUUCCUGGUACUCGUGCUCCACUGAGCAUCUAGCCUCUCACUGUGCCCCUCUCCAGGUGGGGAGUAUCCUCUCUCUUCUUCCUUGUCUCUCUUGUACCAGGAGCUCCACCAGAAGGCCAUCUGUUGUCCUCAGGACAGGAGCAGCUCAGAAUUCACAGUCCAGCUCUCUGGGCCUGCCCCGGCUCAGCCCUGGCCCACCCAAAGCUGCCUCAAUGGGAGGGGCUCCCUUAUCCAGCCAAGGCUUUGAAGGUUCUCAUCAGAGGACCCAUGCAUCUUCCACUAACAUCCCAAACAACCUCCACUCCAACCAGCGAGCCUCUGCUGCUGUUUCUAGACCCUAGACUAUGCUGUGAUCUACCUGGAGCCAAGCAUCUUUCAGUGUGACCUAAAGAGAGAAGUCCUGUUGCCAUGUGUCUUCUUUCACAGGACUGAGGAAACACUGCCUUUAACUUCACAGCAUGGUGGUCAGUGUUUAACAAGUGAAAAGCCAGUAUUCCCACCAUCAGGAACAACCUUCCCUCUUCCUCACAGGAGACCAAGGAGGAACAGAAAGACUACCUAGGGAGCCACUCUGCAGGCAGAAAGCCCAGAGAUACCUUCCUCGUGGGCCUCCCAGGAACGGCACCCAGGGAGCAGUCCUAGCAAACUCCUAGAGGCCUCUGAGGGGCAAAUCUGUGAGUGAGUGAUCUCCAGGGACCCACCAGGCCUGGGUGGCUCACUGCCCUGACUCCUCUUGGGCCUUUCCUCUUGUUCCUUAUCCAUAUAAAGGCCCUUUAGGACAGGUGACUGGGGGACUCUGACUUCUCCACUCUUUCCUUUUAAAAAGCUAUGGGCUAUGUGCCGGGGAUUUAGCUCAGUGGUUCUGCUGU